GACAAUAAAAAAAAACAAGGAAAUUUUUAACAGACACAUGGUGACAUUGCAGGCUCGUUCGACCUAACCUUUAAGCACGCUGGCAGUCAAACGAGGAGCCGAGGUGUAAUUUAAUUGUUGACGCAACUUUGGUAGAAGAUACUUGACAGAUGACUUGGAGAUAAACCGAUAACGAAACAUUGUCGAGCUGUCGUUUUAACAAACGAUUGGAGUCUUUCCCUUUUCCGAUCGCUAUCGUGCUGGAACCUGGAAGGUGGAGUGUCCGUCGGUGAUAGAGUUUUGUCGUAGUCGAGCUUCGCGCAUGUAAUUUAAGUCCGUUUGUGAACGUUCAAGAGUGAUCGACACAGCUUUGUUCCCCGGACCGUUUUAAGUCGCCCCCCGAGAUGCUGGGUGCGUUGAAAUUGUCGAGGCACUCGCUGCUGCGAGGCGCAGCCCUGCGGCAGCGCGUCGCGCGCUGCACCUUGCGGUCGUCGUCGAAUGCCGCAUCGAGCGCGCUGCUCUCGCGAAAGGAGCCGGCGCCGAACGAGCUGGCCAAGUUCAAGAAGGGCGAGGUCCUCCACGGGUUCGUAGUGGACGAGGUCUCGAGCAUAGACGAGCUGUUCCUCACCGCGGUGAGGCUGACGCAUCUGAGCACGGGCGCGCAGUACCUGCAUCUGGCCAGGGACGACGCCAACAACGUGUUCUCCAUCGGUUUUCGCACGACCCCCACGGAUUCCACGGGGCUGCCUCAUAUACUGGAGCACACGACGCUGUGCGGCAGCGAGCGGUACCCGUGCAGGGAUCCGUUCUUCAAGAUGCUGAGGCGGUCCCUGGCCACGUUCAUGAACGCCAUGACCGGGCCGGACUACACCAUAUACCCGUUCUCGACGCAGAACCUGAAGGACUACCGCAAUCUGCAGUCGGUUUACCUGGACUCGGUCUUCAAGCCGAAUCUGCGAGAGCUGGACUUCCGGCAGGAGGGAUGGAGGCUGGAGCACACGGACGUCAACGACAAGAGCUCGCCCAUCGUAUUCAAAGGGGUGGUCUUCAACGAGAUGAAGGGCGUGUUCAACGACAAUCAGGCCGUUAUGGCGGAACGCCUGUUGAAUUCUAUUCUACCGAGCCACACGUACUCCGUAAUCUCCGGCGGCGAUCCCCUUGUCAUACCUAAUCUGCAGCACGACGAUCUUGUCAACUUCCACAGGAAGUACUAUCAUCCCUCCAAUUCGCGCUUUUACUCCUACGGCAAUUUCCCGCUGGAGGACCAUCUGAAGUUCAUCAACGACCGCUACCUCUUCUUGUCCGACCGGAUUGACGCCUCCAUGUCGGAGGUGCCAGCGGAGAAGCGAUGGAGCGAAGCUAGGGACGAGCACAUCGCGUGCAAGCCCGAUCCGCUGCUCGCGGAUCCCAGCAGGAACGGCGCCAUCGCCAUCGCGCACCUGUGCAACGACAUCACCGACCUGCAGACAACCUUCGAGAUGUACGUGCUGUCGCAGCUGUUGCUGAAAGGCCCGAACUCGGCGUUUUACAAGUCGCUAGUUGAAUCGAAUAUAAGCACCGGCUUCGGCUCGAUCACGGGCUUCGAUCCGCAAUGCCGGGACACCAUGUUCGUCGUGAGCCUGCAGGGCGUGAAGCCGGAGGACUUCGGGAAAGUCAAGAGUAUCUUCGACAAUACCGUGCAGAAAGUUGUCGAGGAAGGAUUCGAGAAGGACCACGUCGAGGCUGUCUUGCACAGCAUCGAGCUCCAGGUGAAGCAUCAAACGUCAAAUUUUGGAUUGAACUUGCUCUUCAACCUAACGUCGACGUGGAAUCACAACGGCGAUUUGAUUAAGUCGCUGCGAAUCAACGACAUGGUGCAGAAAUUCACGUCGCGAAUGAGAGAGGAUCCCAAGUAUCUGCAAAGUUUGAUCGAGACUUAUCUCAGCGACAAUCCUCAUAGACUGACGUUAACGAUGACGCCCGACGAAAAGUACGAGCAGAACAAAGCGCUUGCCGAGCAAGAGCUGCUGAGGACGAAGCUGGAGAAACUUUCCGCGGAGGAGAGGGAACGGAUAUACGAGAACGGGAAGAUCCUGCUCGCCGAGCAGCAGAGUGUAGAGGACGUCGGAGUCCUGCCGACAUUGAAGGUAGAAGACUUGAAGGCGGACGUGGAGAGAUACGAGACCUCCGACUCGGAGGUGUCCGGGGUGCCUCUUCAGGUGUCCGUGCAACCGACGAACGGGAUCUCCUAUUACCGAGGAAUACUCAACACGCAGGCGCUGCCGAGCGAGUUGAAGCAGCUUGUGCCGCUGUUCAACUACGUUGUCGCGAGGAUGGGCACGCAGAAUCACGAUUACAGGAGUUUCGAUCAGAUGAUGGAGCUGAAGACCGGCGGCCUGCACUUUGCGAAUCACAUCGCCGAGCAGAAGGACAGCGAGCUGAAGUACGAGGAGGGAAUUGUCGUAGACUCGUACUGCUUGGAUCGCAAUUCGAACGACAUGUGGAAACUGUGGACGGAGCUGUUCAACAACGUUAAACUGACCGACCUCCAGAGAUUCGAGACGCUCGUCAAGAUGAAAGCGGCUGACUUGAUCAACGGUAUCUCUCAGUCCGGUCACUUGUACGCGAUGAGCAGCGCCGCCAGCCUCAUCUCCCCGAUCGCCCGGGCCAAGGAGAGCCUCUCGGGAUUACAGUACAUCACGAGGAUGAAGAAAGUGGCGCAGAUACGCGACUUGACUCCCCUGAUGCACAACAUGCAGGAGAUAGCCGAUCACGUCUUGAACAAGGAACGCCUGCGAUCGGUCAUUAACUUGUCCGCGGAACAUCGGGACGACGUUCUCGGUGGUAUCCACGCGUUCUACGAUUCGCUCAGGGGACGCUCGGAGAAUCCGCACGUCAUCACCAGCGAGCGGAGCAUCGACGCGAAAGAAUGCGGCAAUCACUACGUGCUGCCGUACACGGUCAACUAUUGCUCCAAGGCUGUUCUCACCGUUCCCUACUCCAAUCCGGACUAUGCCGCGUUGCGUGUGCUGUCCAAGUUGAUCAGCUCGGUGUACCUGCAUUCGGAGAUUCGAGAGAAGGGAGGAGCCUACGGCGGAGGCGCGAAACUAACGUCGGAGGGAAUUUUCUCCUUUUACUCCUACAGAGAUCCGAACUCCACUCGCACCUUCGACUUGUUCGACGGGACGUACGAUUUUCUAGUCGCAUACUCGUUGCCCCAGAGCGAUAUAGACGAGGCGAAGCUGGGAAUCUUUCAACAGAUCGACGCUCCCGUUCCUCCUAGUAGCCGAGGCCUGACCAGAUUCCUAUACGGCAUCACGGACGACGAUCUUCAAAGACAGAGGAAGCAGGUGAAAGCCGUGACUAAGGAGCAGCUCUUGCGCGUGGCAGAGAAGUAUCUGAAACCCGACCAAAGCGAUGUCAGAGUAGGUCGUUCGCUUAUUGGACCUACAAAUCCGGAUCUUUCAAGUAGGCACAAAGAAAACUGGCUAGUGAUGAAUCAGGAAGAAGCGGACCGAGCGCGAGCCUCUGACUAAAUAGUCAAAAUAUAAUUUGUAUUUUCACGAUGAACGUUUUAUGUUGAAACAACGCGAGACGUGUUGCUACUGUUAAGUGUUUCCUGUGACAUAGAUAUUAGACAUGGAAGAAACGAUGCGUACGUUACUUAUGUGCUAAUGGCUGAUUUCCGUUUAGAGAACACAAU